UCCGAGGGGGUAUAUUAGUAGUGUACUCCAUGUGACGAUCCUCUGCAGGGGUUUGGAGUUGCAGCUCAGUUGCUGGGUGAGUCAGCUGGCAUGCUCUUGGUCGGCCGUCUACUGUCAGCUUCAGCAAAGCGGCUGGGGAAAGGUGGUCGUUGAGCACACUGCACAGUCUCACCACACAGAGCGAGAGAGGUUGCAGGACUCCAAGUCUCGAAAGUUUCAAAGGCAUCUUCGUCUGGAAGAGAAGGAAGGGAGGGAGAGGCACACACGAGCAGGGCUCAAGAUUAAUUAAAAUUAAAACAAGUGUUGUGUGUGGAACGAACCGGGAUAGACUACCGUAGCGGAGGAGUACCCUCAGGCUGUGGGGAAGAAGAGGCGAACGUGCCAUCCAACAGAGACACCUACGCAUACAAUAAUAAACACACACACACACACACACACACACACACACAGAGAGAGAGAGAGAGAGAGAGAGAGAGAGAGAGAGAGAGAGAGAGAGAGAGAGAGAGAGAGAGAGAUGUCCGUGUCGUUCGCAUUGUCGCGGCGGGGGGUUGCUCGUCCUGGGGCAAUCAUGAAUGCUGUCUUCUUUGUGAUAGUCCUUAUGUUCUUGGGCGGGUUGCCGAAGGCGAGUGGCAUGUCGAAUCAUACAGGAUCAGAGCUGGUGAAUGCCAUAGCUAAACGUCCAGAGCUGUCGAAGUUUUUGCUCUCUCUCCAGAGCGCUCGCAUCCUCGCACGCCUUCAAGGCGAUGCUGCCAAAGGUGUUACGGUUCUCGCUCCAACGGACGAGGCCUUUCACGAGCUGGGUAGCGACCUUAUGACAUGCCUGCUUUCGGAGCCCGCUGUGAAUGAUGUGAUGACUCAGAUCCUCCUGUACCACAUCAUCCCAGGGCAGGUGCUAUCGUUUCAGGACCUCAAGAGCCCCAUUCUCACUUUCUUGACCACAGCCUCGGGCUUGCAGCUUCCGAUUGAGUACGUGGAAACGCGGAAUGAAGUGGUGAUCGAUUAUACCGCCUGGAUCAGUCGUCCGGGUGCUAUCCAAGCCACGAAUGCCACGGUUCAUUACAUUUCGGCAGUCCUCAUACCCCCAACAAUUGAGGGAACACUGAUUGUUGAGUGCGGGGCACAAACAGAGCAGCUGCCGGCCCCGCCAUCGGCUGUACCUGGGCUAUGAGAGCUUCAACUUUUGAAUGAAGGGACCAUGGAUGUGGACAGUGCAGAUAUGGUAAGUGAUCUCCACUUUCUGAGUUCAAAAUAUCACCUUUUUAAGUUUGUCAAGCCUCAUACAGCCCCAAAAGUGCACCUCAACACACAUGCCCAGACGCAUGAUCUGCACGGCAAUGAGCAGACACAGGAGUGCAUUCUGACAGUGGCAAACUGGAAUGUUGUGAUCAGAACAAAUCUUGGAAUUUCAG